CUCAGCAGGACGCAGUGGUCUUCUGACAGACCGGCAGGUAGUUUUAUGGUUCACGUCGGGGACUUCGUGCUUGGCUUCAGUUUUCCUCUCUGGCCUUUCAUAGCACAUUUAAGUACGGUGGCCUGGACGACCGAUGAAGGUCAGCCUCAAGUCAUUGGGUCGCCUCAGCCAAUCAUCACCACUCUGGGCGAUGACGUCAUCCUGCCGUGCCACCUGAAGCCCACACUAGACAUGGAGGGGAAGACGGUCGAGUGGUCAAAGCCCGAUCUCAAGCCCGACCCCUCAGAUCGCCUGAGUCGGGUCGAGUAUGUGCACCUUUACAGGGACUGGCAAGACAUCCCGGACAUGCAGCUCCGGUCGUACGCCGGGAGGACUAAAAUGUUCCCAGACCGCCUGAAACAUGGAAACAUAUCCCUGAAGAUCAUGAGUGUGAUGCUCACAGAUGCAGGAAGAUACAAGUGUCACGUCCCAAAGUUAAUUAACGCAGUGAAGGAGUCAAUUGUUGAACUCGUUGUUGAACCGAACUCUGUUCAAACGUGGACGCCAGGAACGACGCUGCAUCCCAGAAAUGUCCAAACUCCAGAUCCAAGGAAUGAGAUAAAUGUUACAGGUGGUCGGUCACAUCUGGCAACGGUGAUCGCAGCUGUUCUCUGCACGUUACUGAUCCUGGGUGUCGUCGUCGCAUAUUUACUUCACCGCAAAUGUCAGCAACAGAAUGUGAGCCGGAAGGAAGCAGAACCUCUCGUAGCUUCUUGUUGGGUAAAUCGUACCAGACUUUUGAGCCGGCUGACUAAUUAUGUAAAUUCUGUUUAUUGUCCCUCCAGCUUAUAAAGUAUGAUGACACCCCAUGCAAACCACUUCCAGCCUGAGUCCUUGCUCAAAGACACGUCAGUACUUGAUGUUAAUGGAGACGAGAGCGUUCCACCCAUUAAAGCUGAUGGAUGUUUGGUUUAGACUUUGAAGAACUGUGCUCUCAGCACAUGACCUGCGGCAGGAUCCCAUGAGACUUUUUUUGUUAAUGGAGAGAAAGACGGCGAACUUUGGUCCAGCAUUACUUUUAGCGUUGAGUUUGCUCAGACUUGAUGAAGAUGACAGCCGGUUCACCUCAAAGCGACUCGUGGUGGAUGAAGUUUUUGUUUUUUUGCACUCAAACCGUUCGUGUUCGUCCUCUUCUCCCCAGAGGAGGAUAACUGUGAAUGGCCUGUUUUUGUGUUGAACUGAAAUAUAUUAUUUACAAAGGCACUUUUUAGGCUUGUUGUUUUUCAGACGUUGUAGUAGAUUACACAUCAGAGUCUGUCAAACGAAGCCUCGUUCUAACUUAUGUUUUACACAUUGCUAAAUUAAACGGGUAGCGCCUCACAGGCUAGCUUGCACACAGAGACGGGUUUCUGAGCAUUCACAUGCUAACUGACUGUUGCAUCACCAACUGACAAAGCUAAUGUUAGCAUGCUAACAUGACCUGUUUAUAGUGAAGAAUAAAACGGUCCAAAUGUUAGCUGCAUUCCAUAAAAAUACUCAACAUACCUCAAUUUUCAAAAAUUUAUGCCAAUGUCAUUUGAAUAAAUGAGCAAAUAAAUUAGUUAGCUUAGCAUAAUCAGAAAUACUACUUAUUUGCUACUUACUCUGAAACAUGUUCUUUAGUUCUUCAUGUAUGCAGGUAAAGCACUAUUAUUAUUUAUAAAAGAUAUAUUUAGAUAAACUUUUUGUGCCUCUAAAGCUGUAAUGUUUCAAAAUGAUGUGGUUGGCUGACAUUUUCAGAGCUAUAUUCUUUAAAUCAGAAGAAAUUGUUCAGAUUAAGUUCUCUCCACUCUCUUAACAUCAGCUCUGAGUGCCUUUGAGCAGGUCAUCUUUAAUAUUAGUUAUAUUUGUAUACAGUAUUUUCAUUGUUGUAUUGUUCUCUUCACAACUUGUUCCAAUUAAAGUUGUUUUCUCUGAUCUUAAAGAUCAAAAUAUAUGUUGCAUUUAAAUCUUUUUCUCAGAUUAACCUCAUGUUAUGCCGUUGAGGCACUUAAUAAAGAUCUCAGGAUUCAACUGAAGUAUGUUUAUCUCACUCUCUGUUUUAGGGAUAAUAUGUUGUGUAUGAAUAUUUCAACAAGUUUUUGCAUUUUAUUCACAAAUGUUAUAAAAAUAAUACCUCUAUUCAAUGAAUACAGUGUUGAAAAUAAACACUUUUUCGA